AUGGCUGAUCCAAAAAAGUCAUCAACGGCAUCCUCAUUAUUGUCUACAAAAAGUUCACUUUUGUCAACAAAAACUCCUACUCUUAGCAAUAGUUCAUUACUUCAAGGCUCGAGUCUUUUAUCUUCAUCACCAUUAAAUACAACAAGUUCACUUUUAUCAGAAACAAGUACAAGCAAACCAUCGAGUUUUCUUUCAUCAUCAACUUUAUUAAGUUCUUCACAUAAGGCAUCAUCGUCAUCAACUCUAUUAAAUACUUUAUCUAAACCAUUAUCUUCAUCAAUUCUAUCAGGUACUCUUCCUCCUAAAUCAUCUGUAUCAACUCUAUUCAAUACUACUCCUACAUCAUCAUCAUUUCUCUCCUCUACCAAAUUAUCUACUAGCAAUACAUUGCUUUCAUCAUUCAAUUUAAAUAAUUCAUCUUUGUUAACAAGUGAAACAAGUUUAAGUCGAAAACGUAAAGCUGAACCCUUAGAAUCAACAGUUAUAAAUCAAUCAUUAACUCAAGAAACUUUAAAGAAACCUACAUUAAUAACAACAAAAACAACUACACCUGUUUCACUUUCGGAUGAUAAUGAACACAAAUAUAAUGCUGAAAAUAUUCAACCCGAAUCAACUCGUCUUAAUAUUGAUUUACAUUGUCAUGUUCCAGCACCGAAACGUCCUCGUAUUGAUCCAUUUUCUUCAAUCUAUGCAAAACUUGAAAGUCAAAAUACAAACGAUGAUGAUUUCAAUGUUGGCAUUAAAUCGAUUAAGAAAAGCUUUUUGAAUUCAUUGGCAGAUUCAUUAUUAAGUCAACCAGAUCUAAGAAAACCAACAGAUUCAAAACGAAAUGAACUUAUUCGUCUUGCUAAUCUUGUAAUUGAUCAAGAUCCUGAAUUUAUUCUUAAGGCUGCUCUUUAUACACGAAAUCAUUUAAAUAUUCGUAUAACAGCAAAUUUUCUACUUGCAUAUGCUGCAUAUACCGAAUCAUGCCGUAUAUUUUUAAAAAAGUAUUUUCAAGUAACUGUUAAUUUACCAUCAGAUUGGAUUGAAAUAGCUGAACUUUAUCAAACAUUUUUUGAUAAACGUAUUCAUUUUGGUUCAUUACCAUCUGCAUUACGUCGUGUUAUGGUCAAAAAAUUUCCUGAUUUUGAUAAAUAUCAACUUGCAAAAUAUAAUAAAGAAAAAGCUCGUUUGAAAAAAGCAAAGAAGGCUAAUGCACCACAACCUGGUAAAACAACUGGUGCAACUCGAGGAAGAGGAUAUCACUCUUCGCGAGGUAGUGCCCGAGGUUCUCGACCAAUGCGCGGACGAGGAAUGAGUCGAGCAUCUUCGACCGAUUCAAAUAUGAGUGUUACAUCAGAAGGUCAAAAAUUGGAUAAAGCAACAAGAAAAGCAAUGACACAAAUUACUGAAGAAGAGCGUGAAACACGAAGAAUGGCAUUCACAUUAAAACGAUUAAUUCGUCAAUUACAUAUUAGUGAACCAGUUGAACAUGUUUGGUGUCUAUUAGGUAAACGAUAUCCGGAAACAUCUGAACUUUUCUAUCAAUCACGUUUACCUGGUGUAUUCGAAUCAGAACGUGCAAAUAAACGUAUGAAAUUACCAACACCAGAAACAUGGGAAACACAAAUCAGUCUUAAAGGAAACAAAGCUGAAGUUUGGCAAAAGUUAAUUGAUAAUAAGAAACUUCCAUUUAUGGCUAUGUUAAGAAAUUUACGAAAUAUGAUUAAAGUUGGUAUCUCUGAAAAACAUCAUCAAUGGGUAUUAAAAAAACUUCAAGAUGAUGGUGCAGUUAUGUACAGUCGUCAAUUUCCCUUUCGUUUCUUUUCUGCAUAUCAAAUAUUGGAUGAACUUGAAGAAGAAUUUAAUAAAUGGUGUGCAGCUAAAGAAACAAUAGCUGGAGUACCAGAUACAAAAAGUCGUCGAAUAACACGAAAAGAAAAAGGCAAAAAGACUGCUUUAAGUCCAUUAGAAAAAGCUAAAAAACUUGGUUCAAAAGAAAUACAAUAUGAUCUUGCACUUUUACAACGUUAUAGAAAAGCACUUGAUUGUUCAGUUAAAAUAGCUACACAACAUAAUUGUCAACCAAUACCUGGUCGAACAUUUGUUUUUUGUAAUUUAAGUCAAGCUAUGUCUCAACCAUGCCAAGCAGCUAGAGGUUUAGGUAAACCACGAACACGUGCUGAAAUAGGUCUUUUAAUGGGUUUAAUGUGUAAAUCAGCUUGUGAAUCAAGUCAAUUAAUUAUUUAUAAAACAAAAGAUAGUUUUACUGAAAUUGAACAAACACCACAAGAAACAAUACUUAAUCAAAUGACAAAAAUUUUAUCGAAUGAUCAAAUUCCAGCAUCAACAUCAGAUGUUUGUAUACCACCAACAUUUCUUACAAAUAUGAUUGCUGAAAAACAAUGGUUUGAUAAUAUUAUUAUUGUUUCUGAUGGAUUAAAAGCUGAUACAGCUGAAUCAGAUUUUGUUUAUCGAUUUCUUUCACUUUAUCGUUAUUUAGUCAAUCCUGAACUUAUGUUUGUUAGUAUUGAUUUAAGUAUAGCUCAAUGUUCACUAACAAAAUCAGAUCGAUUCAAUAAUCGAAAUGAUAUAUUUUUAAGCGGUUUUUCUGAUUCAAUUUUACAAUUUAUUGCUGAACGUGGUAAUGAUGGACAAUUAUUACAUGUUGAAAAUAUUGAUAAUGCACACAAUCUUAAUAAAAAAGUUGAAACAGAAAAAGAUGAACAAUCAACAACAGAUUCAUCAAAGGAAGAGCAACCAAAAUUGUCUACAAACUUACCAAUGACUACAUUAGUACCACGUUGGCGAACAGUACGUGUAUUUAUAUCAUCAACAUUUAAAGAUAUGCAUGCUGAACGUGAUCUUCUCACACGUUAUGUUUUUCCUGAAUUACGUCAACGAGCAAAAAGUCUUUUUGUUAAUCUUUAUCAGACAGAUCUUAGAUGGGGUAUUGCAGAAAGUCAAUCAAGACAAUCUGUCUUCUUAUGUCUUAAUGAAGUAUAUCGUAGUGAUUAUUUUAUUGGUUUAGUUGGUGAACGUUAUGGUUAUAUACCAAAAUCCUAUGAUGCACCAAAAGAUGAUCCACGAUUUACAUGGUUAAAUAAAUUACCAAUUGGUUAUAGUAUAACCGAUUUAGAAAUGCAAGCUGGUGCACUUAAUUCAUCAUCAACAAAACAAAAUCGAGCAUUUUUUUAUCUUCGUGAUUCAAACUUUCUUUCAAAUAUUCCUAAACCAUGGUCUAGUGAUUUUAUUUCUGAAGAUGAAGAUUCACAGACAAAAAUAAAUCAUUUAAAACAACGUAUAUGUUCAAGUGGUUUUGAAACAUAUAAUGGUUAUCCAUGUUCAUGGCACGGUGUAUCAAAUGAUCGACCACUUGUUACUAAUCUUGAACAAUUUGCACAACGUGUUAUUGAUAAUCUAUGGACAUCAUUACAAGAAGAAUAUAAACCUGAAUAUGUUCUCUUAGAUGAUAAUGAAAUAGAAGAUAAUCAACAUCGACAAUAUCGUAUUUCAUUUAUGGAACAUUUUGUUAGUCGAAAUAAAAUUCUUCAAGAUACAAUUAAAUCUCUUGGAAAAUCAUCUGUUAUUCUUAUUACAGGACAACAAGGUUCAGGUAAAACAGCAGUUAUUGCAGCUAUUGCUGAUAAUCUUUUAUCGAAAGUCAAUUUAAAUGUUAAAUUAUAUGAACAUUAUGUUGGUAUUACACGUGCAUCAUUAAAUAGUCUUGCAAUGCUUCGUCGUUUACUUUGUCAAAUAAUAAAUGAUCAUACCGAAUUAGAAAAACAAUUUCCAAUUGAUAAAAUUCGUACAAGUUCAUAUACAGAUUUAUGUAAAAUUUUAUCCGAUAUCUUUCAUACAAUAAAAGGUCUUUCAAAUAUUGUUAUUUGUAUUGAUGGUAUUGAAUUACUUGAUAAUGAUACAUUAGUUCAAACAUUAAAUUUUAUACCAAAAGAUUUUAAUUUUGAAAAAAUAACAUUUAUUAUAAGUGCUACUGAAGAUAGUGAUGUUGAACAAGCAUGUAAAAAAAUAUCUAAUUUAUUAACAAUAAAUAUAUCAAAUCUUGAAUUACUUGAACGUAGUGAAAUUGUUCGUAAACAUCUUGAUCGUUUUGGUAAAAAAUUAGAUGAACAAGCAUUUUCAUCACAAAUGAAAUUUAUUACAAGUAAACGUGAUUCAUUUAAACCAUCAUAUUUAACAUUAAUAUGUGAAGAAUUAUUAUUAAUGACAGAUUAUGAAAAGAAAAUAACAGAUAAAUUAAAAGCUAUUCCACAACGACAAUAUUUAUUUUUACUUGAAAUAUUUAAACGAUUAGAUACAUUAUUUGGUGAAACAUAUGUUGCAACUGUAUUUGGUUUAAUUUAUUCAGCACGACAAGAUUUAAGUGAACAAGAAUUACGUGAUUUAAUUAAUAUAUAUUUUAGUACAACAAAAACUUUACCUCCACCAGAAAAUUUUACUUAUCCAAUAACAACAACACCUUUACAAUUAGCUGAUUUCAUUUACAAUUGUCAUAUUUUAUUAAAACCUCAACUUUAUGAUGGACCACAAACAGUUUCAAUAGCAUCAAAUGAAAUUCGUCAAAUAGUUAAAACACGAUAUAUACAUACAAAAGAACAACAAAUUAAUUUAUAUAAACUUCUUGCUUUCUAUUAUUGGUGUGAAGCAACUGGACCACAUUGGACAUCAAUGAAUAUUAAAGCAUUUGAACAUUUACCAUAUUAUUUAUAUGUUGCUGAAGAAUAUACAUUAUUUUCUUUAAUAUUAACUAAUCUUAAAUUUAUUGCUGGUAAAUGUCGUGUUGGUCUUGUUCAAUCAAUAAUUGAUGAUUAUGAAUUAAUUAAAUCUUCAUCAAUAAUUUCAAUUAAAACACAAACUUCUUCAAUUACAAAAACAAAAUUACAAUCAUCAAUAAAUACAAAAGAUCAACAAAUAAAUGAAGUAUUUCUUCAACAAUAUCGUUCAUUUAUACAACGAAAUAGUCAUAUUCUAGCUGUUAAUCCAUCAUUAAUUUAUCAACAAGCAUUAAAUGAAUUAGAAACUAGUGCUGUUUUUAAUAAUAUACAACAAAUAAUUUCUAGUUAUCAAAAAAAUUCACUGAAUAAUAAUGAUCAAAUAACAGCAUUUGUUCGUAUUAAUAAACCAGAUAAUAUGGAACAAAUUAAAUAUUCAAUUGAAGGUUUUAUAGAACCUAUUCGAUGUUUAGCAAUAUCACCAUCAGGUGUUUAUCUAGCUGCUGGUUCUGCUGAUUGUUUAGUUCGUCUUUAUAAUACAUCAACAUCUCGUUUAUUAAAAUUAUUUGUUGGUCAUGCUGCACCAAUAUCUGCUUUAUGUUUUGUUGGUAAUGAUCGUUUAGUAAGUGGUAGUAAUGACGGAGGUCUAUCAGUUUGGGAUGUAUCAAAUGGUCAUCGUUUACAUAUUCUUUCACCAACACAUGAUAAACGAGUUUCUGAAUUAUGUUCAAAUCAACGUGGUACACAAUUUGCAUCUGUUUCAUGGGAUUCAUUUGUACGUAUAUGGGAUAUACAAAAAGGUCGAAAAGAUACUGAAAUUCGUUUACAUCCUAAACCAGUAUCAAGUGUUGCAUUUCAUCCUGAUGGUUUUAUGUUAGUAACUGGUUGUUGGGAUGGUAUUGUUCGACAAUGGAAUGUAACAACUGGACAACGUAAAUCAGUUAUGCGUGGACAUUUAAGUUCAAUAAAAGCUGUUGCUUAUUCAGCUGAUGGUCGUUAUAUAGCAUCAUGUUCAAUUGAUGGUGAAUGUCGUUUAUGGAAUUCUUUAACUGGUAGUCAAGUUGGUCUCAUAUCAGCUCGUAUAAGUUCUAUUUAUUUUUCACCAAAUGGAUCAACAUUAGCAUCAGCUGGUAAUGAUGGUCGUGUUCGAGUAUUUUCAUCAACAAUAGGUCAAUGUCAAAUGAUUAUUAGUAAUGAAACAUGGGGUUCCGCAUCGAGUAUUAUGAUUCAUCCCGAAGGAGAAUUUAUUAUAGCUGGAUAUCAUUCAGGUUCUAUAAGAGUAUUUGAUAUACAAAAUGGUACUACAGAACAAGAAUUUCAUUAUCAUAAAGGUCGUAUUCAUCGUCUUGGAUUUUCACCUUCAUCGGGAAAUAUUUUAAUAUCAGCAUCAGGUGAUCAUAGUUCUCGUUUAUAUGAUUUAAAAGAUUUAGGUAAAAGAACUGAUAUGCGUAUUCAAACAGCAGUAUUGAAAGGUCAUACAGCAGCUGUUCUAUCAUGUGCUAUUAGUAAAAUGAAUAUGAUUGCAACAGGAUCGGAAGAUGCAACAAUAUGUAUUUAUGUAUUAGCAAAAUAUUUUGAACGCUCAUCACAUGAACCAAAUGAAAUUUUAACUGAACAUCGUACACCAAUAACUGGCUUAACAUUUAAUAAUGAAACAAAUCAAUUAAUAUCAGCUAGUCGUGAUGGUCAAGUACAUAUAUGGAAUAUAAAUCGAUAUUCAUCAAACGCUGGUGUAACACUAUCAAAUACACUUGCUCAUUGUCAUGCUGAUUGGAUAAAUGAUAUUGCUUUAUCAAAUACAAAUAAUGGUUUACUUGUAACUGCAUCAAAUGAUAAUACAUUAAAAAUUUGGAAUACAAUACCAAAAACAACUAAAGAAAGUGAUAAUUCUAUGGAUGUUGUUUCAGCUAAUGUUGAAGAAGCACGUGUAACACUUCGUGGUCAUCAAGGAUCUGUUAAUACAGUUUGUUUUUCAUAUGGAUGUAUUGUUUCUGGUUCAUUAGAUAAUACAAUUCGAGUAUGGUCUCAUAAAGGCACUGAAAUAACAUGUUUACGUGGUCAUACAGAAAAAAUAACCUCAUGUGAUUUUUGGGUUAAAUUAAAAGGUGUCGCUAUGAAAAACGAAACGGAUUCAGAUUCUAGAUGGGCAAAUAUGAUUGAAGAACAAGAAAAAGAACUUUCACGUACAACACAUACAGUUGAUACAAUGCUUGUUGUUAGUGCAUCAGAAGAUGGUUCAGUACGUGUAUGGCGUCCAACUGAUCCUGAACAACGUUGUGUUUAUGAUGCACACGCACAACCAUUAAAUGAUAUUGUACUUAGUAAUGAAUCAAUUGUAACAUCAUCACUUGAUAAAACAAUUCGUUCAUGGGAAAUUCCAACAAAUAUAUUUAUAAAUAAUGAUUCAACAACAUCAGCAAUGACACCUCAAGUUGUUCCACCUGUUAGUCAUUUAGAUGAAGUUACAUCGAUUAGUGUUUCUUGUGAUAAUUCACUUGUUUUUACUGUUUCACGUGAUGCAUAUCUAUUUAUUUGGUCAUUAUUAUCAUCAUCAAAAAAUAAUGAUUAUGAAAUGGAUACAGAUACGGUAGAAAAUAAAAUGUCUAAACAACCAUUUCAUAUUAUACAAUCAAUUAAAGCACAUGAUGAAACAAUUCUUGGUAUGGCUUUAGUUCGUUCGAAUACUCAACAGCAUAUUCUUGUAACUGGUUCUGUUGAUAAAAAGAUUAAAAUUUGGACAGUCAUAAAUAAUUCAAAUGAAGAAAAAUGUUCAAUAAAACGUUUAAGAACUGAUACAACAGCAAAUGGACCUGUUUCAUUUGUUUCUGGUCAAUAUGAUAUGCCAUAUUUUGUUGUUGGUGAAAAUCAAUCUUUUGAUUCACUUACAUUCUAUCUUUAUUCAUCAACUUCACUUGAACGUUUAAAAACAUAUAAAACACAAACAUGUCAAUGGCCAUUAUCAUCAUCAAUAACAAUAAAUGAAAAUAAACAUUAUAUUUUAACAAUUGGCUCAACAAGUAAUGAGCUAUGUUCAUAUGAUUUAUCAUUAAUUGAUACAACAGAUAGUAAAUUAUAUGCAUCAUAUGCAUCAAAAAUAGAAUAUCGAACAUCAAUACCAUCUGAAUGGAUCACAUCAAUAGAAAAUCUUGAUAAUAAUCAAGUAUUUUACUUAGGUACAACAACAGGAAAUAUUUAUUCAACAUCAAAUUUAUUUAGUGAUAUAAAAACAUGGAAUAAAAAUCAAAUAUCAUCAAAACAACGAUCAAUUACAGCAUUAUGUUCAAUGAAUAAUGAACUUAUAUUUACGGGUGGUUUUGAUAAUGUCAUACGAGUACAACAUAGAAAUGAUCAUACAAAACAUAUGAGUACAAAUAAUGAUGAUAAUGAUGAACAAGAAGUUGACGAUAUUCUUGGACAAUAUCCUGUACCGGCACCAAUUACUCAAAUGCGUACAUGGAAGCAAACCAGUAAUGGAAUAUUCGGUGUUGUAGCUGGUGAUACAUUAGGAAACCUAUAUUUAGUACAAUGGUAUUCGUCUUAA